UCGCGACGCCGUGGCCGGCGGAUUGGAUCCUCUGCGCCGCUGACGGAGACGAUGGCCGCUGCUGUCAGUAGCCGUUCGAGUUAGAAGAUCCCAUCUUUCUUUCGUCACAAACGUAAAGCUUAGGUGGCGGCCUCUCCCUGGGUGUGUGGCGCAGAGGAUCUCACCGGACCAACCAGCCGUGCUGCCGCAGCGCGCACCGCCAGCCGGCAAACCACCGCCUGUCGUGUGCUUCACAGGGCACGCGCGGCAGGUCCAGGUCGGCUCCCCUCGGGCGGGGCCGGGGCACGCGAGCUUCUCUUUAUAAAAGCGGCCACUGUGCGGGUCAAAGCUCUAGCUCUCCCCCAAGAUUCAGCAACAAACCGCGGAGAAAACCAGGAAGAGAUCAUCAGAGGCCAGAGGGAGCUAGGCGCUAUGCUCCCGGCCGCCAAUGUGACGGCGCGGCAGCGUGGGCGGGGGAGCGGCGGCGCCCUCCGCCUCGCCGCGGUGGUGCUCCUCGUGGCGCUGCUCGCGCUAUGCCUCGCUCGCGCUGACGCCGCGGCUUCUCUUUCUCCAGCGGGUCGUGCACCUUCUUCGGAGAAGGUAGUGGAGAGCGCGUCACUGGAGAAUGCUAGAGGACAGGAGGUGGAGCGCGGGCACUACACGACCUUGCCCGCCGCGGCGACGGCAGAGGAGGAGGAGGACGACGACGAUGGACCAGCCGUGCCGGAGAGGGUGGAGCUGGAGGUGAUCGAGGACUACACACCCAGCGGCCCCAACAACAGGCACCAACCACACCCAUGAUCGGCAAACGCCGGCGGCUGGAUCGUCCUCGCCGCAUGGGAGCAAAGCAAUCGAUCGCAACUGCUAUAGCUCGUUGCAGCGGGAGCAGGAGCAGCAUAUGAUUAACAGUUCAGGUGUAGCAGCAGUAGUAGCAGGGCGCUCCUGCCUGCGUGCGUGCUCAACAAUCACUGUCUUCUUCUUUGUUCUUUUUUUUUGGCUCUACUUUUUUGCAUGCACUGCACGGCAAUCUAGUUGUUGUUGUUGAUGUGAUGUGUACUCACCUCAUCGGAUCGAUCGAUGUCUAUCUCCAUGUCUCAUCACCACUCAAUACCCAUGUACUAGAGCAGUAGAAGAGAGCUUCACUUUUGCUUCGUU